ACAUUAUUAUUAGGGAUACAACGUUGCUGUUGAACCCUAGUCUUCUUCUUCUUCUUCUUCUUCUUCUUCUUCUUCUUCUUCUUCUUCUUACCUAGUAGCAAUGGGCAAAUUCACAGAAGUUGCAGUUUUUAUUGGUCUUAAGUUUAGAUACAUUCAUUUUUGUAUUAUAAAAAGCCGAAAGCAGGUCAUACAUUUCUCUAAAAUAAUUAAUAUAAAAAAAGUUUUUUUUGUUAUCUAUGCGCUUAAAGUGGAACAUUAAGGAUAGUAUAUGGGCAGCAUUUUACAGUUCUGAUAAAAUAAAAGUUUCCCCACUUCACAUGUUGGUGUAAUUCACUACACUUGAUUGAAAAUUAAACGUCAUAAUAACGUCAGCAAAACGCGAUAAAUAACAGGUGAAGUAAUAACCCGCUGAGUGACUUUGUUUGAAAAAAUAUGCAGUCAAAAAAAUAAAUAACACACUCCUAGGAAAUGUCUGUGUGUAAAAACGUGUCCAAUAACGACAACCUUAAUUCAAGUGAGACGAGAAGAAGCUGUUCCCGGCGGCCCACAGGGCGCGUAUCCAACAGGUGGUAAGGACCCUGAGCACUUGUAACCCUGUUAGAGUUGUAUUUUACUAAUACACCUCUUGUAGUUAAUCUGUGGGGAGUGCUGCUCUGCUGGAAGUAAACCCCCACCAAUGGCAGACUUUGCUGACACAAAACCUCCACACUGCGACGAUCCAGAUAACUCAUCCCAGGACCACCUGUGCACCUGUGCACACUUCAAAAAUGUAGGGUCAUUGUCUGUGCAGAGUGAUGGAACCUUCAACUGCAAUUGUGGACAAACUCCACAGAUCAGCUUUUUGCCUGACAGUGAGAUCGCUGAACCUUUGUUCCUUGGGUUUUGUAACGAUACAGUGUUUGAGAGGCAGUAUGACUUUCAUUUCUACAAAGAAAGGAAAGGCCAGCCGAGAGAUGGCUCUCCAUGUCUUGGGAAGGAGUGUGCGGUUGGUUGUCCUCACCACCAUCAAAUCAAGCUAGAGCCAUCCUCCUGUGAUAACAUCGACAAACUCAAGGCUUGUAGCGAUCACUGUUCCAUCAUCAGGGCUCAUUAUGAGGGAAAGCUCCAGGGAAGCCAGCAAUACAUAAACCAGUGGGAAGAAAUGAUAAAAACAAAGGAAAGGGUUGCCAUUAUGCAGAAGCAGGAUGAGCCUGAAAAGGUGCAGCACCUACCACCGCACCAGCAUACCUACGUGUGCCAGCUGUGCUGCAGGACCAUUGCCAAGGGUGAGCUGUCCGGAAUGAAGUCCAAUGCCAUGAUGGAGCCUCUGGAAAACACGGUCAGAAGACACAUCAUGUCCUGCCACGGCUGCAAAGGGUCGGAGUCGCACAGCAAUGUCUGUGACCCAACUUCGAGCACGGACAAGAACUCCAGCUAUACAAGAAGCGUCUCGGCUGCAGGGUGCACAUGUCCUCGUCCAUCCUUCUCCAUAACAAGGGCCUGCAGUGACUGUGCACCCCAAGAGAUCACAACCCCAAAGUUCUACCAGGGCAUGAAUUCCUGAAGACCCAAGUGGACUAGGGGGAGGCUGGAGAAUUUGGAAGUGCUUCAAAAUUUACAUUUGCCUAAAAUUUUCCUGCAGAGAAUGUAAUGCAUUCCUGAAUUUAAAUCUACCUUUUAAUUAGAACAGCCAAGUUAUGU